AUGGACCCCACUCCCCUCGUGGUGAUGUCUGUUGCCGGUCCUGUACCUCCUGAUGCAUUGACCGCCGGCCCGGUCCUGUGCCGGGAGUGGCUCUUGAAUGACCAGUCGACGUUGCUUCGAACCUCCUCGCAGGCGAGUUUAGAUCCCGGGGAUGUCGUGCAGCUUUCGAGCCUGUCCGCAGUGCGACGAUGGCCCUUAUCUACACUGCAUAACCUCCAUCUGAACCAAGAGGAUGCGCUCCAGGCUGCAAGCACCUUCGUGCGCUCGCAUGGUGCUGGCUUGAUCUUGGUGACGACGCCCUUGCAGUUUUCCUUGCAACCCCGCACCCUCUUGGACAUCACUCGGGAGACCGGCUUGCGCAUUGCCGCGGGCACGGCGCCACCGCAGGACUUGGCAGACUUCGAAGCCAGUGUAUCCGCGGUAGUCUCAAACCUGGCUUGUGGCUUCAGCGGCUCGGCCAGCACAGAGCCGUUGAGGCCGGGCUUCAUCGGUGAGGUCCCCGCAAAGAACCUGGACAUGCUGGCAAUUUGCGUCGAGGCGCAGCUGCGAUCAAAAGCGCCGCUCAUGGUGGUUGGAUCUGUUCCACGAGAAGCCCUUACACACCUAGAUCGUGCUGACUGGAGGAAGUGCGCCUUCUUCGACGUUCCCCAUGACAGCCCGGUUUCAACACAGGAAUUGCAGGACCGUGGUGCCUAUGUCGGCUUCUGCGCGCCACCCCAAGCAGCUGAUGUGGCCUGGGAGGACUAUCCCGACCGGCGUCCCGUGCGGACCGAGGCUUCCUUUCUGGAGGCCAUCGGCCGCGUUUUGCCCUCACGGCUGCUGCUGGCCACCGGACUGCGCUUCCGCUGUGACCUUCAGGCCUUCGGGGGCUUGGGCUUGGGCUACGCCGUCGAGCUCCUGCGGCGAGGCUCAGUGGACGAGCUCCAAUGCCGGACGAAUGCUGCUGAAUUCCUGAGCUAUCCGUGGCAAGCACCCAAAGCGCCGGAGAAGGUCCUACAUGAAAUCGAGUGUCACUGGUGCGGCAAAAUGAAACCCGACGGAGAGCACUUCAGCAAGAUGGGCUUUGACUACUGCUCUCCCGGUUGCAUCGCCAAACAUCGACGCGUCGACUUCGAGCCCAGCACCUGUGGUAUGGAAAAGUCUCUCAUUCUGGCACGGGGUGUUGUUGUCCCUUCAUUUGGAAGUGCUGCGAUGCAAGUUAAAACCCUGUCUGCCGGUUGUGCAGCCGUGGCCACCCUCACAGUCCGUUUGACUGUUGAGAGUGGUAGCUUGAUGUAG